AUGAGGCAUCCCGCGUACUCGUCCUCGGCACAGGUGGACGCUGUCGCUGCCUGUGCGCUGCCUCACGCGCUGUUUACGGACGUAGGAGAAGCCCACGAUCACGCGCAUGCGAACGAGGGGUCGCUGCUAGCUGUCGCCCAGUCGCAGCUCGAGGGAAACGUCUGGAACGGCCAGGUCACGCUGGUACAAGCUUCCGAUACUAAUGAACCGGUGUGUGGGCUGCAGCUGGACGCUGGCGUGGGAGCUCUGGAUUGGUGUGGUGCACAUCAAGACACACUCGUGCUGGGCUGUGACGAUGGCGACGUGCGGCUGGCGCAAUUGGGCCGGACCGAUGAAGCAGUGGCUCUGGUACCGAUCAGUGGCGCUGCUGGAGGCAGGGCAGAGCAAGCGGAUGCUGGGGUUAGUACAGGAAAAGGACACGAUGAUAUUGUCACGGGUGUGAGUGGCUCGCGUGUCGCAAAGACGCAGCUGGCGACGUGCAGUUGGGACCUUACGGUGAAGUUGUGGGACAUUGAAGCCAUGAACGAGACGAUCUCGACGCUUGAAGGUCAUACGGAUUUGAUUUGGGAUGUGGCAAUGCACCCGAUGCAUGCACCUCUACUGUGCUCGGCAUCACAGGAUAUGACGGUGCAGCUGUGGGACGCUCGUCGUCCUCAAAGUGCAGCGUUGGUGGUGUCGACAUUGCAUUCUGCGCUGUCGGUAGACUGGCACCCGACGCAGUCCACGGUGUUCUCGGUCGGUUUGGAAGACGGCACGGUGUGUACUUUUGACGUACGCUCGCCGCACGCACCGCUGACUCGACGAGAGACUCAUGGAGCAGCCGUACACGUCGUGAAGUACUCGGUGUAUCAUGAUGACCUGUUGGCGACGGGAGGGGACGAUGGGAAGGCAUUCGUGACUUCGGACAGCUUCUCGUCCGACCGCGCUGUGGGUAGAGAAUUGCUUGUUGGCGAAAAGAAGAUAGCACCGCAUCGAGACUACGUUCGUGCGCUGGACUGGUUCAAGUUGUCAUCAGCAUCUGACGGCAAGAAGCUCGAUACGAUGCUUGCCACGGGUUCAUGGGACAAGAGUGUGCACACGUGGGGUGUUGUCGACUACACGGACCCCAUUGCAGACAAGCUACGUUCGCCCGCGAUAUCUGAGACAGCAGUGGCAGCAGCUCUUCCAGACGUACCUGUCGCGUAA